AUGAUGAUGAUGAUGGUGCCUCUCACAGUCCCGUGUGUGUUCGUGCUGCUCGGCCUGGUCUCCUCCGCCGCCGCUCUUCCACUCGAGAUCCACGACGAACAGGGGAGUUCUCCGGCCGCGCUCCGACGCCCACGGACCCUGGAGCAGGACUUGGAUGAAGUGCUCAGGUCCUGGUCGGUCUCUGGUCUGGACCGGAGGAGACAGCUCGGGGACAUCGAGUUUUCAAACAGAUACUCUGAGUUUCUGAGGUCCAAGGCCAAACAGACGUCCAUGUGUGCUUUCCUCAGACGCAUGCAGGGCGUCAAAAAGAGUGGAGUCUCAGCCGACACGGAGCGCGUCAACCUGCUGCUGCAACAGAACAUGUGUCCCUCCGUCCUGCCCUGGUCCUCUGACCUCUGA